AUCGUCCACAGUUUCCCCUGGUCGCCAGACGAUUUUGUAGGUCUAGGGUUUUAUCAUCCGUGGUUUUACCAAAUCUCUCCUUAUCAAAACCCUAGUGGAGUCGUCCUGACAAUCAUUCCCCAAAUUCCUCUCUCUCUUUCUCUCUCCUCGUUCCAAUGUCGUCCGACGCUCCAAACCAACCGAAACCAGAAGGAGACGGCGUCAACGUGGAUGCUACGCAAAGCAAGAAGGCCGCCAAGAAAGAAGCCGCCAAGCAGCAGAAACGCGCUGCAGCGGCCGCCGCCGCCGCCGUCACGGCGAUCUCUCUCGACGCCCCCGACCCCCUCGCGGCCCACUACGGCGACAUCCCGCUGGAGGACCUCCAGUCGAAGUCCGUCACGGGCCGCGAGUGGACCGAGGUCGGGUUGCUGACGGAGGGACUUGAGGGCCAGACGGUGCUCGUGCGGGGCCGGGUCCAGACGGUCCGCGCCGUCAGCAAGAAGAUGGCGUUCUUGAUUGUCAGGGAGAAGGGGUUCACCGUGCAGUGCGUGCUGUUGGUGUCUCCGGACGUGGUUAGCCUUGGGAUGGUGAAAUUCGCGACGGGGUUGAACAGGGAGUCGUACGUUGAUGUCGAAGGGACUGUUUCUGUGCCUAGUAGCCCAAUCAAAGGUGCUGCUCAGCAGGUGGAAAUUCAAGUGAGGAAGGUUUACUGCAUCAGCAAGGCAGUGCCUACCUUACCUAUUAAUAUCGAGGAUGCUGCACGUAGUGAAGUUGAAAUUGACAAGGCUUUGCAGGCUGGAGAACAGCUUGUUCGUGUCAAUCAGGAUACCCGUCUAAAUUUUAGGGUUCUGGACCUGCGCACACCUAGUAAUCAAGGGAUUUUUCGCAUUCAAUGCCAAGUUGAAAAUAUAUUCAGGCAGUUCUUACUAUCUGAAGGCUUUGUGGGGAUUCAUACCCCAAAGUUGAUAGCAGGUUCUAGUGAGGGUGGCUCAGCUGUUUUCAGGCUGGACUACAAAGGGCAACCUGCAUGUCUAGCUCAGUCACCUCAGCUUCACAAGCAAAUGGCAAUUUGUGGUGAUUUUGGCCGUGUUUUUGAGGUAGGUCCAGUUUUCAGAGCAGAGGAUUCCUUUACCCACAGACACUUGUGUGAGUUCACUGGUCUUGAUGUUGAGAUGGAGAUCAAGGAGCACUAUUCUGAGGUGAUGGAUAUUGUGGAUCGCUUGUUUGUUGCACUGUUUGAUAGUUUGAAUGAAAGAUGUCAGAAAGAGCUUGAAGCCAUUGGAAAACAAUAUCCAUUUGAGCCUUUAAAGUACUUGAGAAAGACCUUACGACUUACUUUUCAAGAGGGGGUCCAAUUGCUGAAGGAUAAAAACUCAGCAGGGCAGGAUCACCGCUCUGAUACCAAUUUGACGCAGGCCGAGACCCGCGAGGAAGCUGGCAUUGAAAUUGAUCCUCUAGGGGACCUGAACACAGAAUCUGAGAGAAAACUGGGGCAACUUGUUUUGGAGAAGUAUGGCACUGAGUUCUAUAUACUUCACCGCUAUCCACUGGCCGUUCGACCAUUCUAUACCAUGCCUUGUAGUGAUGACCCUACUUACAGUAAUUCAUUUGACGUAUUCAUUCGAGGGGAGGAGAUAAUUUCAGGAGCUCAGCGGGUCCACCUACCUGAUUUUUUGGCAACACGUGCUGAAGCCUGCGGGAUAGAUGUCAAAACAAUAUCUACAUAUGUGGAUUCUUUCCGGUAUGGUGCACCUCCACAUGGUGGUUUUGGGGUGGGAUUGGAGCGUGUGGUGAUGCUCUUUUGUGCCCUCAACAACAUCCGCAAAACUUCUCUGUUCCCUCGUGACCCUCUCAGGAUUGCUCCAUAACAUUUUAUGCCAAGUGCAUUCUGCCUUACUUUUGGUUGCUGCUGAAUCGCUGAUUGAUUCCUCUAGGCAGGUUCUUCUCACAACUUUUCGAUAAAGUGUACACAGUUUCUCAGGGAAAGGUGCUGUAUUACAUUUGUAUUACAUUACAUUACACAUUGGUUUCUAAUAAAUGUCCUAUGUGGCGUAUUCAUUGGUUAGGAUCAAAUAACUUUGUGUAGCUGUUAAACAAAUCAAUGAUCAAGAUGCAACUGCAAGGAUAUUUAUUAAAUUGCCUGCAGUUUUUUAUUUA